AUGCGCCGCUUUUGUGGGGUUUCCGCGGUUUUGUUUCCUCCAUGGCAAUGGGUGAGGUUUCAAGGGACUGAAAGCACUGAAGCGUCCAUACGGCGGCGGGUUCAAGAAGCCAUUCAAAAGGCUCGAAAAAGCAACCGCGUCACGUGGGUUCCCAUUGCUUGCGUUUCAUCAUAUCUUCCAGAUGACGUCCGCGAGGAACUUGCGUCAGUAGGGGGUCUUGCGGGGUAUUGCCGGAAUCAACACCAAAAGCAGCAAGGACCACAAAUGGGGGAGGGCUCAGGUGGUGCUCUUUUUGCUGUAAAAGUUGUGGAUGGGAUGCUUUGUGUGAAGAUGACUGACGGCAACAUCCGCAAGGGUUCCAUGGGAGGACGUUUAGAAAACAGUAACUUGGUUGUAUCCCAGGAGUUGCUGCAUUUUUUGAGGCAACUUCCCGAUCAACCGGUAGCAAUAGCGGCGUGUCAGCGUGCAUGGGGUUUAUCUUCCGAGGAAGCCGUCGAAUGUGCCGUAUGGAAUGCGUUGAAAGAGUUGGAAUGUAGUUUGCGGCGUAGGGAGGCCAACUUACCCAGCGUAUCUUCCUAUGUCCAGAUUGGUUUUGUGGGGAAGCGACCUGCGUUCAUUUCACAGGGUCGCUGCACCAUGGCGUUGCUUCGUGAAGAGGAUCCUUCUACGGAGAGAGAUACAUAUACGUGGUUUGAUGAAGAUUUUUCUCCUCAGUACGACCUUUGGCGCAUGUCGCGGUUUCUUUUAACGGAGGAUUUCACUAGCAUUCAACAUGUCGACAUACAAACUAGAGGUAUCAUUCAGACGCCGCUGCUGCAGGUAGCCAUGACGUACCCUGAGAGGAUAUCGCUGCAAUUGGGAUCAACGGUUGACCGCAGCAAUGCCGUUGAGGGUCGUUAUUAUGUGAAUGGUCGAUCACAUCAUGAGGUCGAUGAGGUGAUUGGAUUGAAAUUUAUUUUAUCGGAGGAUGAGGUUGCGAAGCACCUGAAGUUUACCAACAGCCGACUAAGCAACCUCACUGAGGAAGAGCUAAGUGCGGAGCGGGCGAAGUUAAAAAAUAUUCCGCCUCUUCGAAGGAGUAAAUUGCGUCGGGCUGUUGUUCGUGAGGAGUUCCGACGACGAUUUCCCCUCGGUAAUGUGUUUUUAAACCCAAAUGUUGUGGCGUUUCACGUGUACGAUUUGAUGACACCGGGUGAGUGGCACAGCAACUCGGUACUGCGUGAUACGGUGCUGCCUGACGGUGGUAAGGGUUGCAUGCACGUUGGUGUGGAUUUCUUUGACCAGUUCCCACAUCUUUUCAUUACUCAAGGGGUUUGCACAACCACUGUAAAUGUGAUGCGGAGGGAGCAGGGAAUGGAAGCCAUUUUGGGUGAUGGAGAAAUAUGGAAGCGAACAUCGUUCCGCGAUGAAGAUAUUCUUCUUUCUAUGCUCCAAAAUGUGUCACACAAGUUGGACGAGUGGGCUGAGGGUAAACCGUUGUCGAUAUUUGUUUCCCGUCUUCCUCGGCAUAUGUUUAAGUACCUUCAGAAAAAUGGUGGUGCGGCGAUUGGGUUGGCGGGAAUAUUGAAGAAAUAUCCGGAGGCUUUUGAGGUUACUCCAUGUGAGGGGGGAAAUAUGGAGUCAGAUGUCAACCACUGGUUCGUCCGUCCGUUGCGUGAUGGUGUUGAGUCCCUUGGAGUGCGACUCAUUAGUAAAUUACAAACUACUGACGACCCGAAAGAUUCAUCCAAGGUGGAGGAGGAUUUCGAUUCUACACCGCAGGAGAGGGGGGGCAACUGA